GAGCGCGGACGGCCCGGAGGCGGCGGCUCUGAGCUGGCAGGCGGAGGGUUGUCUCCCGCGCCCGCCUGCCGGGCUCGGUCCGAGGAUGCGGGGGGGCGAUGCCCGGGGCCAGGGACGCGCUCUGUCACCAGGCGCUGCAGCUGCUGGCCGAGCUCUGUGCCCGCGGGGCCCUGGAGCACGACAGCUGCCAAGAUUUCAUCUACCACCUGCGGGACCGCGCCAGACCCCGGCUCCGCGACCCAGAUAUCUCAGUGAGCCUGCUGACCCUUGUGGUCACUGCCUGUGGCCUCGCCCUCUUUGGCGUGUCUCUCUUCGUGUCUUGGAAACUCUGCUGGGUUCCGUGGCGAGAACGAGGCCUGUUCUCUGGUAGCAAAGACAACAAUCAGGAGCCUCUUAACUACAUGGACACAGAGACCAACGAGCAGGAGACCAGUGAGGGCUUCCUAGACCCUCCCACCCCUUGUCCAGACUCCUCCAUGAAGAUAAGCCACACCUCCCCUGACAUUCCCCUCUCGACCCAGACAGGGGACCAGGAGAACUGUGCCCGUGGCGUCCGUGUACAGCGCCAAGUCACAGAGCCAACCUCAUCAGCUCGGCAUAAUUCAAUCCGAAGACAACUCAACCUGUCAAACCCAGACUUCAAUAUCCAACAGCUUCAAAAACAGGAACAGUUGACUGGAAUUGGCCGAAUUAAACCGGAGUUAUAUAAGCAGAGGUCAUUGGAUAAUGAGGAUGGGAAAAGGAGUAACAGCAAAGCCUGUGGGAAGCUGAACUUCAUUUUAAAAUAUGACUGUGACUUAGAGCAACUCAUAGUGAAGAUUCACAAAGCUGUCAAUUUGCCCGCCAAGGACUUUUCUGGGACUUCAGAUCCUUAUGUCAAGAUCUAUUUGCUUCCUGAUCGGAAAACAAAACACCAGACUAAAGUUCACAGAAAGACCCUGAACCCUGUGUUUGAUGAAGUGUUUUUGUUUCCGGUUCCCUACAAUGACCUUGUAGCCCGGAAGCUUCACUUCUCUGUCUAUGACUUUGACAGGUUCUCUCGCCAUGACUUAAUCGGCCAAGUGGUGGUGGAUCACUUCUUAGACUUGGCUGAUUUCCCUAGGGAGUGCAUCCUUUGGAAGGAUAUCGAAUACGUCACCAAUGACAACGUGGAUCUUGGAGAGCUGAUGUUUUCCCUCUGCUAUCUUCCCACGGCUGGCAGGCUGACCAUUACCAUUAUAAAAGCAAGGAAUUUAAAGGCAAUGGACAUAACAGGAGCAUCAGAUCCCUACGUGAAAGUCUCAUUGAUGUGUGAUGGCAGACGAUUGAAGAAGAGGAAGACGUCCACCAAGAGGAACACUCUGAAUCCUGUUUACAACGAAGCCAUAGUCUUUGACGUCCCUCCCGAGAAUAUUGACCAAAUCUACUUGUCCGUAGCCGUCAUGGACUAUGACCGGAAUGAAGCAGCCAUUAGUGCAAGAAACUCCUUUCAGAUGGCCCCCUUUUCAUUACAUGGAUUUGGAGGCCUGAGGUCAACCUUGUUCCAGAACCAGAGUGUAGGUCACAAUGAGAUCAUCGGCGUGUGUCAAGUAGGCAACGAAGCUGAGAGGCUGGGCAGAGACCACUGGAGUGAAAUGUUGUCAUAUCCGCGCAAGCCCAUUGCACACUGGCAUUCCCUGGUGGAGAAACGAUGACUAUGGGUAAGAGGACCACUUAUGCCAAGAACACAGUAGGACAACCAUCUUACAAAGAUCUUCAGUAACUUUUCCCAUCCAACAACAUCUAGACGACGCCAGUGACCAAAUAUUCAGCUGUAACCACAGCAAUAACUGGCCCUCUUUCCAGAUUGGGUUUGCUGAACGUGAACAGUCCAGCCGCCUUCAGGUGGCCUAAGGUGGUAUGGUGUAGGGGAAGCACAUCUCUUCUGGCCAAGAAUUGAGAUUGGACUAUGGAAGAAACCACCUGAUACAGUGAGAGUACUCAGAAUACCUAAAGGACUCUUAAUGAUUAACAUAAGGCCCUUGGUGAUGGGGUCUUAGCAGCUGCCCUGGCAAUGUCACUCUGACAUGAUGUUAUUUGCUUGAAGGCCCUGGAAGGACAGAAUAUUUUAAAAUCUAUCCAGGUGCUAAAUAGGCAGCAGAUCUAAUUCACACUGGAAUACCACUGAGCUAAUAGUUGUCUCCAGAAAAUAAUUUCACCCAAGAAGUACUCCAGCUUUGCAAGGAAUAGCUCCAGGAGAGUAAUAGGAUAAUAAGCAAGCUGUUACCCUGGAGAAAAUUGAGUACAAAGGGGUCUCGUUCACAGCAAAUUCGCUGCCUACUCCCAUGUACAUGGCAGUGAGUACCAGUUGAUCAUGGCCCUCUCUUCUGCUAAACCCAGAUGUGAGGAGUCAGAAUCCCCAACACUGUUUUCAAGAUGGCCAGUAGCCACUUCCUUUCAACUAGUGUUGGCAAUGAGAAUGAAAGUUCAUUGUCAUCCCUGUUAGAGAGGCGUGCAUCUCAAUGGCACAGGCAUUCUGGAAUACCCUUUCCCAGGUACAUUUGUCCACUGAGGGAACAACCUCAGAAACAGAAGUACCAUUGAGUGAGCUGAGUUCUUGGAGAGAUGAUACGGCUGGCCCCUGAUUGAAGGCACAACUUUUGGGCCUUCUUGGCCUGAGUGCCUUUGCAGGUAUUUCCAUAUGCAACAGCCCAGAGGCAUAGCCUUGGGCAGCCACCUACAGGUUUCCUUUCACCUCCCGACACAUGCAUCACUUUCACAGCACUUGGGGAAUGGAAAGUGAAGGUCAAGGGCUCUCCCUGGGUAUCACAUUCAUUACUCAGCUUCCUUUGUGACCACAUCAGCCAACCCACUGCCAGCUGUGUUCUUCAUCCUCAUUGCUUCUGCCUCCAUACAAAUGAAACUAAAGGCCUCAGCAUGCCCUGGGGGUGGUGGUGUUACCUCAUGGCCCCCUCUCUCCCAUUAUAGGUGUCCCGUCCAUACAUUUGCACCAUUUCUCCAAGACAGCAUUUCCCUUUCAUACAGUCUCUUUGCAGCAGAAUCCAGAGUUGGACUGUAGUUUACCAUCCUGGGAAGCUCAUUUAUCUUCAUUUGAAUUAACAGUCCCAUGUGGGACUAACUGGGUGGAAGCACAAUCCAUUGCAGGUCUUCAGAAAGUUCUUAUUGCCACAGCUACCCAGUACAAGAAACUACCCUAAUGUCAGAUCUUAAAAGGAUGGAGACCUUUGGUUGUAUGAGACAGUGUUACAAUAUUCCAGCUUCAUGUGUUCCCCAGCCUGCCUAAUCCAUUUCCAUCUCUGACUGGCUUUCAACCUCCAGGAUCCAAAGGGAACCCAAGCUUCUGCCUAUGUCUGUUGACAUGAGAAGAAUUCAACCUUCUUUGCCCAAGGUUCCCCCUGCCUAUUC